GCAGGAGGUUAUAUAAAAGCUGCUGUUUGCUCUGCAGCCAUAAAACUCCGUGCUGUAAAGAUAUUAAUCUGUAACGUAUGGAUCCAGUAUUGAUUUCUGCAGACGUCAACGUGUGGGUGAUGUACAGGUAGGAUGCUUCUCCUCUCUGACCUUCAUCACCUUCAUCACCUUCAUCACCUUUAUGUUUCAUCUGUUGUGAUUCAGCAUUCGGCUCUCCAGGGAGAAGAUGAUCUGCUGCAUCAUUCGGCUCUUCACACUCACCUCCUGUGUCUCUGAGUUCACAACCAGUAAACAUCUCCAGGUGGAGUCUAAAGGCUCAUGUUCACGUUGGGUCAGCUCCUCCCUCUCUGUCUCCUCAACAGGAUCAUUCUUAGUGGAGGUGACACAGACCUCCUAUGAGGCAGAGGAGAACAACAACGUCACUCUGGGAUGGAGGUUCUCCCCCAGAACAGACGGUUCCCUCAACUCCAUUAAUAUCUUCUGUGAGAAGUUAACUCAUGUCAGGACCUUCGUCCUGCUUCAUCUGUUUGAUGGUGUCGAGGUCCCAAAGUCUCAGGACGAACGCUUUGCAGGACGAGUCCAGUGGGACAAAGACGCCCUCAGAGAAGGUCUAGUCAGACUUCAGGUGUCCAGACUCAGGACUGAUGACUCGGGUGUUUACCUGUGUGAUGUGCUCACAGGUGAUGGUGCUGCUUCUAGGAGAUGCAACCUCAAUGUCACAGCAGCGAGGGAUCAGACCCAACCUGAAACACCAAGAAGUGGAGGAGGAGAUCCUUCCCAGACAGAAAGUCCAUCACAACCAGAGAGUCCGGGAUGGACCGUCCUCUACUGUCUACUGGGACUGACGGGACCAGGAACUCUGCUGGGUGUUUUUGGGGGUUUCUAUUACUGUCGGGGUGGAAAACCAGAUUCAACAAAGACGCCUUAUGAGGUUGUCCAAAUGAGCAUCUGAUGUUCUGGUUGUGAGCUGCUCAGUCUCAGCUGGUCGACUAUAAAGACCAGGACCCCCAGUGACUGACUCUCAUAUCCCCAGGACUAUAAAGACCAGGACCCCCACAUUACAUCACCAGGACUAUAAAGACCAGGACCCCCACAUUACAUCACCAGGACAACUUCAAAUACUCUUGCACAUCUUUUCUUUUCUUAUUAAAAUGCACUGGACACUUUUAUUUUAGAAUAUGUACUUUACUUUCAAUAUAUUACAUUUGAUUCGUAAUAUGUUGCAGCAUGACCUGUGGAUCAUCCAUCCGGUUGCUUUUUGGAACUACCAAAUGUAUCUUGUAUAUUGAUAAUGCACCAUCUGU